AUGGAUGCCAUCAUCACUCAAGUUCAGAGCUUAGCGAGCAACGCAAACGAGGCUGGUCGGAAAGAAGUGAUUGGCACUCUCCGCAAUCUACAAUAUGCCGUUGAAACUCCUAAUGACACUCUCAAUCGUUUUGCUGGUUUGGUAAGCUACUAUUACCCCACUUAAAGAAAGUGUGCUAAUUUUUGAAGAAUCUCCAAAUUGCAGGCGCACGAAUCGGAGUUGAUUUAGGAAUUUUCAGUGCACUUCAUGAGAGCAAACAGCCAUUAAGUGUCGAAGCACUAGCACGAAAGAAUGGUGCUGCACCAGAACUUUUAGGUAAGGCAAAGUACAGACAUAGAUAGCCCAAGGCUAACCUCAGAAGGUCGCAAUUUGCGUUACUUAGCGUCUGUUGGUCAAAUCAAGGAGACUAGCAAAGAUCAUUUUAGUUCAAGCUCAAUCACAGCUACACUUGCAGAUGACAAUUAUCAGGGUGGAAUUCAUCAUUUGUAAGGAACUCACAAUUCACUUCAUCGUAGCACACUAAAUCUUUCUUUAGCUUCGACACUGUGGGACCAUCCAUACAGGAGCUGCCUGAUUUCCUCGCGGCAACAAACUACCAGAAUAUCACGGAGAGUACCAAAACGCCUUUCAACAGGGCCUUCGACACGGAGCUUCCUGCUUUCGUAUGGUUUCCGAGUCAGCCUGAGCGAUUUGCCCACUUUCAAAAGGUCAUGACCGUUCAACGAGCCGGUGCCCCAAUUUUCAUCUCGACAUUCCAAUUCAAAAAGGAAUUGGGAAAUUUCCAAGGCAAACCUGUAUUUGUCGAUGUUGGAGGUGGCUUUGGUAAUCAAGCUAUGGCUGUCUUGGAAGCAUUCCCAGAACUUUCCGGCAAAUUGAUUCUUCAGGACCUUCCGCAAACUCUAGAACAUGUUCCAGCCAUAGAUGGAAUCCAAGUAAUGGCACACAACUUCUUUGAACCACAAGUCGUCAAAGUUAUGAUAUAUCUCAAGGAAUUGCGUUGUAGGACUAACAUUAUAUCAGGUGCUAAAUUUUACUACCUCCGCAACAUUCUGCACGAUUGGCCAGAUGAAAAGUCCGUUGUCAUUCUAAAGAACAUCAUCUCUGCGAUGGAACCAGAUUCACGCAUUCUCAUCGAUGAUAAGGUUCUUCCCAACGAGAAAGUCCACUGGCAAGCAACCCAAGAGGACUUGACAAUGAUGGCUACACUUGGCUCCAAAGAGCGUACUGUUGAACAAUUGCGGGUUUUGAUGGACUCUGCUGGUCUCGAAGUUCUCGACAUUGUUCAGUAUACUACUUCUCUGAAUGACUCAAUAAUAGUAGCUGUUCCAAAAUGA